AUGGAUGGGGUGGAUAAUGAAGAAAAAUUCGAUGAAUCUCUCAAAAGCAUCCGGGAAAAACUUGGUGCAGUUCCUUUGGCCAUUCAAUUUCCAAUCGGAGCCGGUAGUGAGUUAAAAGGAGUGGUUGACCUAGUGGAACAAAAAGCCCACUACUUUAAAUUAGGGGAGAAAGAUGAAAAUUAUCAAACCAAGGAGAUACCCCCCUCUCUGUUAGAAAAAACUCGGAAAUUCCGCCAAGAAUUAAUUGAAAAAAUAGUCGAGCAGGAUGAAACACUGGCUUUGAAAUAUUUAGAAGGUGAAGAAUUACAAGUCGGAGAAAUAAAAAAAUUACUCCGCCAAGCCACCUUGACUGGCAAGUAUUUUCCAACCCUUUGUGGUUCAGCCUAUAAACAUGUGGGAGUGAAGUUAGUGCUGGAUGCCGUAGUGGAUUAUUUGCCUUCACCGUUGGAUAUAAAAGAGAUACCAGUUUACUCACCCCGGGAUAAAAAUAAAGAGGAAUUGAUUAAUUGCAACAGUCCUUUAUCCUGCUUGACCCUGGCUUUCAAAAUUAUAGUAGAUGAAUAUAAUAAUAAAUUAACUUUUUUUCGGGUUUAUGCGGGAAAAGUGUCCGCUAACUCUUAUAUCUAUAAUGUCAACCGAGACAAAAAGGAAAGGAUUAGCCAACUGUUUAGAAUGCAUGCGGACAAAAGGGAAAAAAUUAAAGAAGUAGGAGCAGGUGAUAUUGGGGCAGCGAUUGCGAUUGACUUUGCCGAGCCAGUAAUUUCCCAAGCCAUUGAGCCAAAGAACAAGGAAGACAAAGAGGGAAGACAAAUGAUUAUUGCCGGCAUGGGUGAAUUGCACUUAGAAAUUUUGGUGGAAAGAUUAAGAAGCGAAUUCAAAGUAGAAUUAGAAAAAAAACAACAAAAAGUAUCUUACCGAGAAACUAUUAAAGAGGAAUUUGAAGUAAAUGAAAAAGGUGAAAAGGGGUUUAAAAAAACGGUAAUUGAAUAUACUCAUAAAAAGCAAACUGGUGGAGCUGGGCAAUUUGCUAAAAUUAAACUUGAAUUUAGACCUAAUCCUGGAGGAGGUUUUAAAUUUGUAAAUUCUUUAAAGGGUGAAAAGGUAGGGAAGGGAAAUUGUUUUGUUUCGGCCAUAAAGAAAGGUCUGCGGGCGGCCUUUUCGGAAGGAACUCUACUGGGCUAUCCCGUAGUAGAUGUAGAGGUUACUUUGACGGAUGGUGGUUACCAUCCGGUUGACUCUUCUGAUUUGGCUUUUGAAACCGCUGGUCGAGAUGCUUUUUUGAAAAAUUCCGACCAAUUUAAAUUGACCUUAUUAGAACCAAUUAUGCAGACAGAAGUAGUGGUGCCCAAAGAUUACAUGGGCGACAUCUUGGCUAAUUUAACUUCUCGGCGGGCGAUUAUUGAAACUACUGAAGUAAGGGAAGAUGGUAGUUAUAUUUGCGGCAAAGCCCCUUUGCGAGAGAUACUUAAUUAUUCAACUACUUUACGAGAAAUAACCAAGGGUCGCGGAGAUUGUUCAACCCAUUUAUCGCACUAUCAAGAGAUUGAGAAAGUAGAACUUCCUACUCUGAAAAUGUUGCCCGAAGCAAUAGCGGUCUUGGAAAACAACGUUGCUCUCAACAGACAUCGUAUUAAGGAAAUUGUUUUAGAGCAUCACAAAAGACGACGAAAUUAUCCGGUUAAUGUUAACGACCUUUUAAUUCGCCUCGAACAGCAGAAAAACAUAAAAAAAGAUAAAAGUCAGCAAGACAAAAUUAUGACUUUUUUAUGCCAGGAAGACCCCGAAGGAUAUAAUAUGGUAUAUCGUUUUUAUCGUUUCUACGAUAAAUUAGAGGAAUUAGGGGCAAAAGGUUCUUCUUCGGAAGAGGAACAAAAAGAAACUUUUAAAAAGUUAGCGGGGACAAUUCCUCAUUUUUUCGAAGAUUUGAUUAAAACGGUGGAAGAGGGAAAGAAAAAAUGGGAAAACUACGAAAAUUCGGUUAAUUUGUCUCGCCCCCCUUCUAAUUCCUCUUCUCCUCCUUCCUCGCUACCUUCACAAACCCAAGUAAAUAAUCGAAUAAACCAACUCGAAGUCGAAAUAGGACAAAUCCAGCAAGAAAUUGGAAAAUUAGGGACGAGCGGUGACGGGGAUGAAAAUAAAUUCAAAAAAAAGGAAUUGGAACAGGCUCUGGCUGCUCUCAAAGCAGAACUAGAAAACCUACGUAAAGGUCAAAAACUCUUUCCUCAACCCGCCCAGGAUCAGUCUAAAAAUGAGG